AUGACGAGCGAGGAGUGUCCUGUGCCUCUGGGGGUUGUUUCCCCAGCUGGGCCAGGGCUGUGUGAGGACUACGGCGCGGCGCAAGCUGAUGACAUCAUCGAGGAAGUGGGGCCAGGCGAUGAUGUCAGCAUCGGCAGUGACCUAAGCACCUUGGUGGUGCCCUUCCCAGAGUUGGCACCCGUGGUCUUCUUCUGCCUAAAGCAGACCACUUGUCCUCGCAACUGGUGCAUCCGCAUGGUGUCCAGCCCAUGGUUCGAGAGGAUUAGCAUCAUGGUGAUCCUGCUCAACUGUGUGACACUGGGCAUGUACCAGCCCUGUGAGAACAUCGACUGCACUUCUGACCGCUGCCAGAUACUGCAGGCCUUUGAUGCAUUUAUCUACAUCUUCUUUGCAUUGGAGAUGGUGGUGAAGAUGGUGGCUCUGGGGAUCUUCGGACGUCGCUGUUACCUUGGCGACACCUGGAACAGGCUGGACUUCUUCAUCGUCAUGGCUGGGAUGGUGGAGUACUCAUUGGACCUCCAGAACAUCAACCUGUCAGCUAUCAGGACAGUGCGAGUCCUUAGGCCCCUCAAAGCCAUUAACAGAGUGCCCAGUAUGCGUAUCCUGGUGAACCUGCUGCUGGACACUCUGCCCAUGCUUGGCAACGUGCUGCUGCUCUGCUUUUUCGUCUUCUUCAUCUUCGGCAUCAUCGGGGUGCAGCUGUGGGCGGGGCUGCUGAGGAACCGCUGCUACCUUGAGGAGAACUUCACCCUCUCCUCGGGUAUGACCCUGCCAGCUCCAUAUUACCAGCCAGAGGAGGACGAUGAACGCCCCUUCAUCUGCUCCCUGGCAGCUGACAAUGGUAUCAUGUCAUGCACUGACGUGCCAGCACGACGCGAAGGAGGCCAUACGUGCUGCCUGGACAAGGAGGAUGCUCUGCACAGGCAGGCGCUGGGCCUGGCUCCUGAGCCGCUGGUCAAUGGUAGUGCUGGCGCCAUGGGUCUGUGCAUCAACUGGAACCAGUAUUACACUCGCUGCCACACAGGGAGCAGCAACCCCCACAAGGGCGCAAUCAACUUCGACAACAUCGUCUACGCGUGGAUCGUCAUAUUUCAGGUGAUCACCCUGGAGGGCUGGGUGGAGAUCAUGUACUAUGUGAUGGACGCCCAUUCCUUCUACAACUUCAUCUACUUCAUCUUCCUCAUCAUUAUUGGUUCAUUCUUCAUGAUCAACCUGUGCCUGGUGGUCAUUGCCACCCAGUUCUCAGAGACAAAACAGCGGGAGCACCAGCUGAUGCAGGAGCAGAGGGCGCAGUGCUUGUCCUCCUCCACCCUGGCCAGCAUGACGGAGCCAGGAGACUGCUACGAAGAGAUCUUCCAGCUCGUCUGUCAUGUCCUCCGCAAGGCGAAGAGGAGAUCAGCCGCCCUUUACUACACACUGAGGGGCAAACCCCCACCAGUUGGAGGAGGCAGGGGAAAUAGGCGAGGAGGGGGGAAUGUGAAUGGAGACAGGCAUCAUUCAAGGCAUCCAAGAUUAACUCACUGUCCACACCAAGGCAAGCAAGACCACGUUUCUCAGCCACUGGCCAACUCCAUCACUCUGGCUGUGACUCAAAACCCUGAGGACUGCCCUCUGUGUGCACAGUCACUCAAAGAGGGGGCGGGAGCUGUGGGAGUAUCAGCCAACGGAGAGGAGGAAGAGGAGGAUGCAGUGAAGGAGACGGACAAGGAGGAGAACCACUUGGAGGAGAGGGGUAAUGGGAAGCGGAAGAAGAGGAAGACAUGCUUUGGACAUUGUAAAGACAUUUGGACUGAGAUGAGGAGGAAACUUUGGGGCAUUGUGGAGAGCAAGUACUUCAGCAGAGGCAUUAUGAUCGCUAUUCUCAUCAACACAAUCAGCAUGGGCAUUGAGCACCAUAACCAGCCUGAGGAGCUGACCAAUGUGUUGGAGAUCUGUAACAUUGUCUUCACCAGCAUGUUCACCCUGGAGAUGAUCCUCAAGCUGACUGCCUUUGGCUUCUUCAGCUACCUGAGGAACCCGUAUAACAUCUUUGACGGCAUCAUCGUCAUCAUCAGUGUGUGUGAGAUCAUCGGCCAGGCGGAUGGCGGUCUGUCAGUGCUGAGGACAUUCAGGCUGCUGAGGGUCAUUAAGCUGGUGAGGUUCAUGCCCGCCCUCAGGAGGCAGCUGGUGGUGCUGAUGAAGACCAUGGACAACGUGGCCACCUUCUGCAUGCUCCUCAUGCUCUUCAUCUUCAUCUUCAGUAUCCUGGGGAUGCAUAUCUUUGGCUGUAAAUUCAGUCUGAGGACAGAGGCUGGGGACACGGUGCCUGACAGGAAGAACUUUGACUCUCUACUCUGGGCCAUCGUCACUGUUUUUCAGAUUCUGACGCAGGAAGACUGGAACAUGGUGCUGUACAACGGCAUGGCCUCCACCUCACCUUGUGCUGCACUCUACUUUGUGGCUCUCAUGACUUUUGGCAACUACGUGCUCUUCAACCUCUUGGUUGCCAUCUUGGUUGAGGGUUUCCAAGCUGAGGGAGAUGCUAACCGGUCUUACUCAGACGAUGACAGGUCUUCCUGUAAUUUUGAGGAGAGCGACAAGCAGAAAGACUCUCUCCAUCUCUCAGACCCUAAGAUCUGUACUCUGACUCCUAAUGGGCACCUGGACUUGGCUCCAAUGCCUGCUGGGCUGUACCCAGGGGAGAAGUUGACCUUUACCCUGGGCUCCAGGAAGAGCAGUGUCAUCUCCCUGGGCAGGGCCAAUCUCGAGCAGAGGGCCGUGUUCCCUGGCGGGGGUUACAACAGCUGGAACCGCCCACUUUCCCCGCAGCCUCAAGCCCUGUGGGCUCGUCGCUCCAGCUGGAACAGCCUGGGAGGCCGCCCAUGUUUCUCCUCCUCCCCUACUUCUACCCCAGCCCCAACGCCCACCUCUGCAAGGCCCCUUUAUGGAUAUGGCCUGGGUGCUCUGGGUGGCGUGGUCGGGGGUAGCCUUCGUAUCCGGGGACCUUGUGCUUCCUCGUCCCCGCACCGUCACCACCACCAUGUCCACCCAGAUGAGGAGGAGUCCCUCCUCUCUCCUCCUCCUGUUGUUCCCCAUCCUCUCCACCUCCCCCAACCUCUAAUCCCAGGCAAUUUCGUACCAAGGCGGGACAGGAGGGCUCUGUCUCUGGAGUUGCCCCACCUACUUCCAGGACCCCCACAUCCUCCACCACCACAACACCACCCGCUGCCCUGUGUGUCGCUCCACACUCAACCAAGGAAGAAGAGUUUCUCUGGGGGGAUAAUCAGUGGAAGUGGUGGUGGUGCGCCUGCAGGUUUAGGAAGGUUGGGAGGGGUGCACCAGGACUGUAAUGGGAAGACCCCCCUGUCACAGCUCCUGCAGCCUCCAUUGAGACACCAGGCUGGGCAGGCUGGAGGGGCGAACGCCCAGAGCCAGCUGCUGGCUGACGUUUUCCCCCAAGUCAACACCCGCAGCAAGGACCAGGAGGACCUGGAUGAUGAAAUUGACUAUAGCUUGUGUUUCCGUAUCCAGAAGAUGUUAGAGGUGUACAGGCCGGACUGGUGUGAGACCAGAGAGGACUGGUCUGUCUUCCUAUUCUCCCCACAGAACAAGUUCAGACAGAUGUGCCAGUCCAUCAUAGCCCAUAAGCUGUUUGACUACGUGGUGUUGGCCUUCAUCUUCUCCAACUGUAUCACAGUGGCUCUGGAGAGGCCCAAGAUACUGCAGGGCAGUCUGGAAAGAGUCUUCCUCACCAUCUCCAACUACAUCUUUACUGCCAUCUUUGUGGGCGAGAUGACACUCAAGGUGGUUUCCAUGGGUCUGUAUCUGGGUGAACAGGCCUACCUGCGGAGCAGCUGGAACAUUCUGGAUGGCUUCCUGGUUUUUGUGUCAUUGAUUGACAUUGUGGUAUCCAUGGCAGGCGGGGCGAAGAUCCUGGGCGUGCUCAGAGUACUAAGGCUGCUCAGGACGUUGCGCCCCCUCAGGGUGAUCAGCAGAGCUCCGGGUCUGAAGCUGGUGGUGGAGACCCUCAUCACCUCUCUCAAACCCAUCGGCAAUAUUGUUCUCAUCUGCUGCGCUUUCUUCAUCAUCUUCGGCAUUCUGGGGGUUCAGCUGUUUAAAGGCAAGUUUUUCUACUGCUUCGGCCCUGACGUGAAAAACAUCACCAACAAGUCGGACUGUCUGCAAGCCAACUACAAAUGGGUCCACCAUAAAUACAACUUCGACAACCUGGGACAGGCGCUGAUGUCCCUGUUUGUGCUGGCCUCCAAGGACGGCUGGGUCAACAUCAUGUACCAUGGACUGGAUGCAGUCGGGGUGGACCAACAGCCGGUGAUCAACAACAACCCAUGGAUGCUGCUGUAUUUCAUCUCCUUCCUUCUCAUCGUCAGUUUCUUUGUCCUCAACAUGUUUGUCGGCGUGGUGGUGGAGAACUUCCACAAGUGUCGGCAGCACCAGGAGGUGGAGGAGGCCAAGCGCCGCGAGGAGAAACGCCAGCGACGCAUGGAAAAAAAGAGGAGGAAGGCCCAGAAGCUGCCCUACUAUGCCAGCUAUGGCAACGUGCGUCUGAUGAUCCACACACUGUGCACAAACCACUACCUGGACCUCAUCAUCACCUUCAUCAUCUGCAUCAAUGUCAUCACCAUGUCCCUGGAGCACUACAACCAGCCCUAUUCUCUGGAUCUCGCCCUGAAGUACUGCAACUAUUUCUUCACCUCCACUUUUGUGCUAGAAGCAGUACUCAAACUCAUUGCCUUUGGCUUCCGCCGCUUCUUCAAAGACAGGUGGAACCAGUUGGAUCUGGCCAUAGUGCUGCUGUCAGUGAUGGGCAUCACCUUGGAGGAGAUAGAGAUCAGCGCUGCCCUGCCCAUUAACCCCACUAUCAUCAGGAUCAUGAGGGUGCUGAGAAUAGCACGAGUUCUGAAGCUGCUGAAGAUGGCCACGGGAAUGAGAGCCCUGUUGGACACAGUUGUACAAGCCCUGCCUCAGGUGGGUAACCUGGGCCUGCUCUUCAUGCUGCUGUUCUUCAUCUACGCCGCCUUAGGAGUGGAGCUUUUUGGAGAACUGGUGUGCAACGAGGAUUACCCAUGUGAGGGUAUGAGUCGUCACGCCACCUUUGAGAACUUUGGCAUGGCCUUCCUUACCUUGUUUCAAGUCUCCACAGGCGACAAUUGGAACGGCAUCAUGAAGGACACGUUGCGGGAGUGCCCGCCGGACCACGCCACCGACGUGGACUACGCCUGCAACCCCAGCCUUCAGUUCAUCUCGCCCAUGUACUUUGUCUCCUUCGUGCUCACCGCCCAGUUCGUGCUCAUCAAUGUGGUGGUGGCCGUGCUGAUGAAGCACCUGGACGACUCCAACAAGGAGGCCAAAGAGGAGGCGGAGAUGGAUGCAGAGAUUGAGCUGGAGCUGGCCCAGGGCACCCUCUGCUGCAUGGGCGCCCCCGGCUGCGGGGGUGGGGGGGUGGAGAAAGGAAUAGCAGCUGCCACACCGGGGGCUGGAGGAGUCGGAGGGGAUAAGGAGAGAGGAGCAGGAGGAGAGAGGGGAGAAGGUGGAAGAAAGGUGCAUCAUGCCGUUACCACACAUCCAGGCCAGCAUAACGCCAGCGACUCCAACCGGACGCUGUACUCACCGGCACAGGAGAGCCAGUGGCUGGACAGCGUGUCUCUGCUGAUCAAGGAUACAUUGGAGGGGGAGAUGCUGAUGAUCGACAACCUGUCUGGUUCUGUCUUCCACCACUACUCCUCUCCUCCGCCCAUCUGCAAAGACUGCAAGGGCCACCCGCAAGAGCAGAUCAGGAUGGCGGAAAUCGAGCAGGCGUCGCUGAGGUCAGAGCAGCUGUCAGACAAGUCCUCAUCGCCCGCCCUGCCAGACGAUCUCAGCCUGGACGAACACACUGCCUACCAGCUGUUGGCACGCGAGGGCAAGGGACGGGGCAGCAGUGACUCCCACAGCUCUGAAGAGGCUGGUGGUGGAGGAAGUCAUGCAGGAGGACACCAGACGCAGGUGCAGACAGGGUUGGGACGGCCCUGCAGGUCCCUCAGUUCCGGGGUUGAGGAGGAGACAGCGCUGCUGGAGAUGGAGAUACAAACACACCAGCCGCGUCGAUGUUCACCUCACCACAGCCCUGGUCGGGUUUCCAGUGGCAACAACAAGGAGAGAAGCGAAGAAGAAGGAGGAGCAAGUGGCAUUUCUCCUCUCUUCCAUCUGCCUGCAGAGUUCUUCCACCCUGCAGGAGCAGCCAUGCCAGGGCCUCCCCGCAGUAGGAGCCUGCGGCUGUCAAGGGGCCUUAGGCUGACCUCCCCAGCCUCCUGGGCCUCCCUUCGCUCCCCAGGGGCCCAUAGCAAGAUGCUGUGCACACAGUAUCCAUCGCACAGUGACUCAUCCCUGGCCACAGGCAGCUCAGAGGGUAGCCUUCAGACCACCCUGGAAGAAGGACUGAGUUUCAGUGUCUCUCCGCCCCAGAACCUGGAGUUGCCCUUGCCAAUGGCCCCCUUACCGCUGCUCUGUCCCCUCCCACUGCCUGAGGACAGCACUACCAUUUCCUCCCCAGUCCAGACCUUGAGACCAAGGCCCAGCCCCUCAUCUGCUCUAACCCUUCAAGCCACCAGGGGCCACCAGCGGAGCCAGAGCAGUGGGCGAGGUAGUACGAGCCCGGGCUACACCCGAGAUGACUCUAUUGACCCUUCGGAUGAAGACCUGGGCAUAGGCAUUGGCUCAUCCAUCGGGGGCUGCGGCUCCAGCCAGGCAGGCAACAGUGAACACUUGUCAGAGACACUGAGCAGCCUGUCACUGACAUCACUGCUAUCACCUAGCUCUUUGGUGUACCCUGGAGGAGCAGUGAAGAAGUGUAACAGCACAGGUAGCCUGGACCAAGGGGGGAUGCUGCUGUCGUCCCGGGGCAGAGAAAGCCGCCGGGAGAUUUUAGGCCUGGAGCUGAUGGACCCCCAGGGCUUCUUAGCCAACCCCUGGACAGGGGUAGUAGGGGAGAAAAGAAGAGGAGAAGGAAGAGGGGAAAUUGGGGACGGGGAGGACAGUUUCAAAGGGAAGAGCUCAAGCCAAACUACAGUGGGGCCCUGUCGACAAAACAGAUGAAACCCGCUGUUUGCUCCUCCUUUGUCUUUCCAUUCCUUGGAUCUAAACCCAUUGCUCUCCCUCUCACUCUCUCUGUUACCCAUCAGGGAGAGAAAGGCUUGAUGACACAUGAUGUCCUGUAUUCCAAAACUAAACCCUCAUCUUGCUCCCCCUUAACCCCCUUCUAUAUGUUCGCAGCAAGCCCCCAGUUCUAGUUUGUGCUACCAAGGGGAGUGGUCUUGGUCGCAGUCUGACAUUGAGGAUUACAAGUGGCCCAAAGAGUUAGGGCCCAAGGGCUUGAAAUUUUCCCUGAUACCCUCUUGAGGACUGUAACACCUAGAGGAGGCUAUGGAAGGUUGUGCUCACAUUUAAAGACCAGGAGGCCCAAAUCAUAUCAGGAAGUCCAUGUAGGAGCAGAGACAUAGAUCAAACACACAUGGAUGAGUCUUAUUGCUCUCCUAUUUUCUUUUUCUCCAUGCGUGCUUGGGUUCACCGAAGUUGAAAAUGCAAAAAUAGAAGUAUCCAAACUGAAAUAGCUAUCCAUGCCAACAGAAACUGUUUUGGUUUGUUUAUGUCUCAGAGGCAGUGCAGCAAGUAAGUGGGGGGAGGCACAGAUAUGGCAGAAUAUAUCAAGGCGGAAGGAGAGAUGGGAAGGGAGUAGGCAGGUCAUUUGUUUGGCUGGGCAAGCAGAAAGCGGAUCUAAUGUCCAUCUGUUCUGGCAGACGGAAACAACAGGUCCUACUCACUCCGGCGCAGGAGCUUCUGCUGAGAUCAGAGUAAAAUGCAAGGUGGCAGAGAGUUCAAGAGUGUGUGUUCAUAUGUGUAUGUUUGUGUGUAAGAGCACUGUCUCAGGUAUCCAAGGCAUGAAUUGGAUCAUCCUCAUCACCUAUUCUCAUCAUAUCUAUGUAUGUAUGAAGUAGGAGAUAAUAAGUGUUGACUGAUCAAAGGUGUGUGCCUCUGUCAACUUGGCUUUGAGUGGCAGUGGAAUACAAAUGGAUCUUGACACAUUUCAGAGGUUAUAGCCUUGCAUGAAGUGAUAUAUGAAAUUGGUUCUUUUUCUUUCUUUCUAUCUCCAGCAUUCCUCAUUCACUCAAACAUGAGAAAAAUGAGUAUGAAAGAGGAGUCGGUUGGAUGGAACUUUA